AUGGAGAGAUCGGCGUCGGUGGGUAUCAACGACGGCCGAUUUGGUGGCAAUCAUUUCUAUUCUCCGUCUUUUACUUCGUCUUCUUCCAUGAGACAUGUCAGUUACAGUUGUGGAUCUUGUGGCUACGAACUAAACCUGAGCUCGACGAAUCGGAUCACAUCUUCGAUCGGAUCGAAGUAUGGUAAAUCCAUGAAGAGUGGAAUCAUAUCGUUCUUCAACAUUGACGAAGGAAGAUUCAGUCAGGUGGAUGAGUUCCAAUGCAUGCCACACUUCUCAAGAUACUCUUGGGGUUUGUUCAGACGCAGAACCAAGCUUCUCUGUCGAAAAUGUAACAACUACAUCGGCGACGCGACUCAGGAGAAGACUCCUGAGUACGCACUUGUAACACAAAACUCGGAACCGACAUCGCCUAGGAACGGUGUCGCUGGUACUGUCAUGAAGUAUGACAUCAAGAUUCGCUCGCUUCAACCUUCGUUGUGA